UAAUAUUGUGCUGGGCUGGCGCCAUGGCUCGCGUGGUUAAUCCUCCGCCCGUGGCGCCGGCAUCCCAUAUGGGCGCCAGGUUCUAGUCCCUGUUGCUCCUCUUCCAGGCCAGCUCUCUGCUGUGGCCCGGGAAGGCAGUGGAGGAUGGCCCAAGUGCUUGGGCCCCUGCACCUGCAUGGGAGACAAGGAAGAAGCACCUGGCUCCUAGCUUCGGCUCGGCGCAGCACCGGCCAUUGCAGUCAUUUGGGGAGUGAAACAACGGAAGGAAGACCUUUCUCUCUGUCUCUCUCUCUCUCUCACUGUCUAUAAUUCUACCUGUCAAAUAAUAAUAAAAAAGAUAAUAUUGUGUUGACUAAGAAACCUACAGUGAAAGUGAUCUAUUUGUCAUUCUGUUAUCCACAUCUCAAUAACUUCAGUACUGCACAGUGGUAAUUCGUGGUUGUAACUGGGGGAAAUCAAAGAGCCCCAAUGGCCAAAAUGGCCAAAGAAAGAAUGAGAUGUUAUUCCAUACUGUCUUUGUAAGAAAAUCUUUGGAAUAAUUUUAAGAUGGAUUAUCUUAUGUUUCUUUGAGUCUUGAAAAAUUGGGAAGUGACAUAUGAUACAAAAGCUUAAGUCUCUUCAUGGGAACAUGCAGUUAACCAGAAAAACUCAACUUGUCCUCUAACAGACCACUUGUUUCAAGAGGAAACGCAGCUCGGGUAAAACACUUCCUCUUGAAAUAAACCUUGAGCUGUGCAUGGCCCUCACCAAUUAGAUAGGGUCCCCUGGGCCUCAGAACUUUCCACAAGCCCUGAGGUCUCUAUGGUGAUGCACGGGGUUGCUGCAGCGGAAGCACAGGUGACAAGGUGGCCGCAGGUGGCUGCAGAGAACCACACAAGCCUUCCUUGGGCCUCUGGGACCGCCUGCUCUGCCUGGCCAAGAAUCAGCAGAGCCGAGCCAGCCUGGCCUGAGCUGCCACAUCCCCAGGAAUCACUGGCAGGCGGACAGCUCUGCAGGCCCAGGCUGCUGAUGGCAGUUGCUGCAUUGGGCUCUGGGGGCUCCCCCUGGGGCUCCACUUCCGCUGAUGCUGAGGCCUCACCCUUCGGGUGUCCUGGGAGCUGCAAGGCCUGACUCAGGUGAAAGGGGUCCAUUGUGCCCAGCCCCCAGCCCUCAUGCAGCCCUUCAGCAUCCCUGUGCAAAUCACACUCCAGGGUAGCCGGCGGCGCCAGGGGAGGACAGUCUUUUCUGCCUCAGGAAAGAGUACAUAUGUCCACCACAAUGAUGGAGACCUGCCUGAUGUGCACAAGAAGCUGCCGUCCAGUGCUGGAGAGGACCGAGCCAUGUUGCUGGGGUUUGCUAUGAUGGGCUUCUCGGUCCUCAUGUUCUUCUUGCUUGGAACUACCAUCCUAAAGCCUUUCAUGCUUAGCACUCAGAGAGAAGAGUCGAACUGCACUACCAUCCACACACACAUCAUGGAUGACUGGCUGGACUGUGUUUUCACCUGUGGCGCGGACUGCCGAGGUCAGGGCAAGUACCCCUGUCUUCAGGUGCUUGUGAACCUCACCCACUCGGGUCAGAAAGCUCUCCUACAUUACAAUGAAGAGGCUGCCCAGAUAAAUUCCGAGUGCUUUUACACACCCAAGUGCCACCGGGAUGGGAAUGAUUUGCUCAACAGUGCUCGGGACAUAAAGGAAUUCUUCGAUCACAAAAAUGGGACCCCCUUUUCGUGCUUCUACAGCCCAGACAGCCAAUCUGAAGACGUGGUUCUCACUAAAAAGUAUGACCAAAUGGUUAUCUUCCACUGUUUAUUUUGGCCUUCACUGACUCUGGUAGGUGGUAUCCUGAUCAUUGGCAUGGUGAGAUUAACACAGCACCUGUCCCUACUGUGUGAAAAACACACUGCAGUCAGAGAUGAGGUAGGUGGCAAAGCACCCCAUACAGAGCAACACCAACUCAAACUGUGGAGUUCAGGGAGAAGCGGUGGAAGGAGCAGAGAAAUUUUAAGAUGGUGGCCAAAUUAAAGUACUGGCCUUCACACAGACACCUGCAGUUUCUGCGGUUGAAGGCCUAAUUAUGCCUGCUUGCAAACUAACCAUGUAGUUGGGUAAUCGUAUUUUCAUGUGUGGGAAAAAUUUUUGAAACGCCUCAUUAUGUAUUAUGUUUAUUCUAUACAUACAUACAAAUUCACCACGUUUUCUACUUCAAAUCUGUUUCCACAACGAGCCAAGGAAGCACUUCUUGUUCCCUUGUGGCAAAAUGAGUUCAACGGAGUUAUUCUGCUCUAGUUUGAACUUGUAAAUAUGGAAAUACUGAAGGCAUCUAGUCUAUUGAGCACUGAACUUUCUGCCUCACUCUAUGUAGUAUAGCUCACAUGACAAUAUUUCUCAUACAAAAUCUGUCAUGAGCAUUACAUUCACUACGGAAGAUGAAGCUUUGGCAGAAAAUUGUAAAAAUGUAGACUUUAACAUAUUUAUUAUAGUUUGUUCAUCACCAUUCAUGAUGAAGAAAGCUGCUGCCUAGAUUUACUAAGUUUAGAGUUAUUUAUACUUAACCUUGCCAUGUACCAUGUAAUUUGUCUUUCAGCAACGUUUUUCCAGUUAAUUAUGUUUUUCAUAAGCUCAUGUUAUCCCUUGUGUACAUCCUGUUGGGAGUGGGAGAAAAGGCUGGCAAUGCGUUGUGCAGUAGGGAGGAGCUGUACUGCAUUUCAACAUUCACCUCAGAUAAUCCACACUGGAGAGAAUCCUGAGAAGAGAGCCAGCAGUUGCCUGUACUUUAAUCAAUCAUGGUUAUUAAAUAAUGGCGGUAUAAGGCACUCCCAACAAAUGCUUCGCAGAUCAAGCUUUGUUCUGAUUUUCCCAUGUGCCUCCAAGUAUCUAUAAAAUUUUACUAAAAAGUCUUAAAUCAUGGACAAUCAGAAGAAUGAGACUUUGAAAGCAACUUCUACAUGUAGAUGUAAUCAAACCAAAAACUAAUUCUACAUAGUUUCAUGCCUCAUCAAUUACUUUCAAGUCAGGAAUUCCUAAACAAUAGAUAGACUAAUACAGAUUUAUGCAGUAAAGAGCAAUCUUGGUGUCUCCUGUUUUCUCCUGUGGAGUGCUGGAGAAAAACAUGUGUAGGAUUUAUUUGUAUUUGUAGGCAAUAACUGUAGCUUUUUAGGUAGGUUACUCUCAGGAAAAUCAGCUCAAUGGUCUGAAUCACUCUUAUCUAUAAAAUGGGGAUAACCUCUUCUUUCAUGAGGUUCUUUUAAGGAAACAACAAGGCGAGGGUGUGUGAGAAACAUCUGGCUUAGUUUCUGGCAUCUAGUAGAGGUGUUAAAAAAUGUUCAGAUAAAGAAAAAAUCUUGUGCUAAGUUGCAAUAUUCAGUCUGCCAUGGCACUUUUUAGUGAACAGCUGGUACAGAGCAUAGAGCAGGAGGCUUGCAAGAGAGGAUUCUGCACGCCUGCUCCCCUUUCUUGACUAAAUGUGACAUAUAUCUAAACCCCAGCAUGUGCUGUAUAAAGGCUGUGAUAAAUUAUUUUGCAUACUAAAUAAUUCUCUAAUAAAACAUGUAUGCACGCACAUUUGAAAUCA